AGAGCUACAAGCUUGAACUUCCGGAUUCUUCUUUAUGUAAACAACAGCAAGAGCGCGAGCUUAUCUCUCAGCCAAUCAGGAAUCACCGAGACACACACAAACCCCGCCUCUGAGGGGUUUCCGCCCCGCAGCCAGUUGAGGUAAAGGCUGCGUUCAGGAACGGAUUAUCCCGGAGGUUGCUCUCUCCAGACUGGAAGUGAGAACAUUCCCUCCGGACACUUAAAACGUGACAAACAAGCACAAAGAAACCUGAGCACGCGCACGUUUUGACCCUUCACAAUGCAGAGACUGCAGCUUUUAAAGGACACUUUCUUUGGCCUGGAUGUUGUCCAGCAGCAACUCCUUAUCGGGUCUGCUGUGGCCUUGGCGGCAGGUGGAAUUCUGGCAUAUGUCAUGCAGAGGAGGAACAAAGCCAGAUCUAUCCCUCUUGGUGAAGGAUGGUGGGGAGCAGGAGAGAAGACUCUCUCGGAGGAUCACACGAUCUACCCCUUUUCAGUGAAAACCUCAGAUGAAGAGAUUAAGGACCUCCAUCGGCGCAUCGACAGCUUCCGCUUCUCAGAUCCUUUAGAAGACUGCGGCUUCAAUUAUGGCUUUAACUCCACUUACCUUAAGAAAGUGGUUUCGUACUGGAGGAAUGAGUUUGACUGGAAAAAGCAGGUGGCGAUGCUGAACAAGUAUUCACACUUUAGAACCAAAAUAGAAGGACUGGAUGUGCACUUCAUUCACGUGCGCCAGGCAGUCCGAGGGGACCAGAAGGUUCUGCCACUCAUGCUCGUUCACGGCUGGCCCGGCUCUUUCUACGAGUUCUACAAGAUUCUGCCCCUCCUCACCCAGAGCCAGGAUGGAGUUGCAUUUGAGGUCGUCAUCCCCUCAAUCCCUGGUUAUGGCUUCUCAGAAGCCCCUCACAAACAAGGAUUUAACAGUCUGGCUGUUGCUCGGAUUUUCCUGACACUCAUGGAGCGCUUGGGCUUUUCCCAGUUCUAUGUGCAAGGAGGAGACUGGGGCUCGCUUAUCACCACCAACAUGGCACAGAUGAAGCCUGACUGUGUGAAAGGUCUCCACCUGAACAUGUGCAUGUCAACACGGGGGUUCAAAGUGCUGCUGUCUUUGAUCAUCGGCCCCUAUCUGCCCUUCCUGGUGGGCUUUAGUCGGGAAGAUGUCCGCCGGCUGUUCCCUUUCUUUGAGAAGAAUGUCUGGGAAGUACUGAGGGAGAGUGGCUACCUUCACAUUCAGGCCACCAAGCCAGAUACUGCAGGCUGUGGGCUAAACGACUCCCCCGUGGGCUUGGCAGCCUACAUUCUGGAGAAGUUUUCCACCUGGACUAAAAAGACGAACAGAGACCUGGUUGAUGGUGGGCUGGAGAGAAAGUUCAGCCUGGAUGACCUUUUGACAAACGUCAUGAUCUACUGGACCACAGGCUCCAUCGUCUCCUCCAUGCGCUUCUACAAAGAGAACUUUAAGACCAACCCAGAGAGCCGAAUCGAUGCAAAGACGGGAAUAUUUGUGCCCACCGGUCUGGCCGCGUUCCCUCAGGAGCUGAUGCACUGCCCCAAGUCGUGGGCACAGAUUAGGUAUCGAAACAUCUGUUCCUACACGUUCAUGCCAGCAGGUGGCCACUUUGCCGCCUUCGAAGAGCCCCGGCUGCUUGCGGAUGACAUUUUCCAGUUUGUUAAAAAAGUAGAGAAGCUCUGAAGACUUAAGCGUACUCCCGGUUUCAUGCAGGUGUUUUAGUAUUUUAUUAUACCUGAUAGUCUGUACACCACAUACACAUCUUUUUUGUUCCUUUCCACGCCGCGAGUCUUAUCGCUUGAUUUACCACAUUAUUGCAAAGAUGUAAACAUGAACCAGACCUCGGCUCACCACUGUUCCCUUAUGACUGAGGAAAGCUUUGUAAUUGUUCAAGUUCUGUUCAGUAAAGGUAUAUUGCACUGA